UUCACAACACACUUGACACUUCACUAACUUCCACACACACACACCCCCCAAUAUAAAAUCACACUCCCGCGAAUUACAUAAUUAGGGUUUUCAAUUCCCGCGAAUUCUCUCUCUCUCUCUCUCUCUCUCUCUCUCUCUCUCUCUCUCUCUUCUACUCUGACUGACUGUGCAACAAUGGCGAUGGAAGAAGACAAAACCCGCGGAAAUGGAGGAACCCCGAGAUCCAACGGAAAUUCUCCUAACAAGCAGCAGCAAAAUCCAGCAUCAAUUUUGGGUGCUAAAGAUCGCAUUGUUUCUGUUGCUUCCAGUUUCGCUUCUCAACCUCUUCACAAUUCUGAUCCUAAUGUUUGGGGUGUUCUCACUGCCAUCUCCAACAAUGCCCGCAAAAGGCAUCAGGGAAUUAAUAUCUUAUUAACUGCUGAUGAGCAUUGCAUUGGACGAUUGGUAGAGGAUGUCCGUUUCCAGAUUGAUUCGAAUUCCGUUAGUGCAAAUCAUUGCAGAAUAAACAGGACCAAGAUUACUAAUGAAAAUAUGGAGAAUACCACAUCAAUAUUCUUGAAAGAUACAAGCACAAAUGGAACUUACCUUAACUGGGAGAAGUUGAAAAAGAAUGGUGCUGCUGUCAAAGUCUGCCAUGGUGAUAUUAUAUCAUUUGCGGCUCCUCCUCAGCAUGAAGUUGCAUUUGCUUUUGUAUAUCGAGAGGUGCAUGUUUCAAAUCCUGUGGCAGACAAUGGAGUUGCUAAACGCAAAGCAGAGGAUUUUGUUUCUGAAAACAAGAGAUUGAAAGGUUUGGGCAUUGGUGCAGCUGAGGGUCCUAUAUCACUUGAUGAUUUUCGAAGCCUUCAAAGAUCUAACACGGAAUUGAGAAAGCAAUUAGAGAGUCAGGUGGUUAUAAUUGAUACUUUGCGUAGUGACAAUCGUGCAGCUGUUGAGCGCCAUGAAAGUGAGUUAAAAUCUGCCAAAGAGUCCAUCACAAAAUGUUACCUUGAUCAAAUAAAAGAUUUACAGCAAAUGGUUGAUCUCAAACAAAAGGAAGUAGGAGAUGUCAACAGAGCAUUUGCUGAACAAAAACAUAAUCUGGAAGACCUUAAUGAAAGACUUAGUGCUUCUAUGCAGUCAUGUGCUGAAUCAAAUGAACUUAUAAGUAGUCAAAAGGUAAAUAUUGUUGAACUCAAAGAACAAUUAGAUGAAGAGCGGACUCAGAGAAAAGAAGAACGAGAAAAGGCUGCAGCUGAUCUAAAAGCUGCUGUUCAUAGAGUGCAGUCUGAGGCUCAGGAGGAAAUAAAACGACUCUCAGAUGCUGCCUUGAAAAGAGAAGGCGAGCUACAAGAAGCAAUAAAUAAGCUAAAGGAGUCAGAAAGAGAAAUGUGUGUGCUGGUUGAAACCUUGAGAUCGAAGCUGGAGGAUACUAGGCAAAAAUUGGUUGUCUCUGAUAAUAAAGGUCGCCAGUUGGAAACCCAAGUACAUCUAGAGAAGCAGAACACUGAAAAUGGAAUGAAGAAAGUAGAGGAACUUGAGCAAGAAACAAGAAGAUUAAGGAAAGAGCUUGAGAGCGAGAAGCAGGCAGCUCGUGAAGAAGCAUGGGCUAAAGUUUCAAUUCUUGAGCUUGAGAUAAAUGCUGCAAUGCGAGAUCUAGAUUUUGAAAGGAGGAGGUUAAAAGGUGCCAGGGAAAGACUCAUGCUUCGGGAAACACAGCUGCGAUCAUUUUAUUCCACUACUGAGGAGAUACAAUCAUUGUUCGCUAAGCAACAGGAACAAUUGAAGGCUAUGCAGAGAACUCUAGAAGAUGAUGAGAAUUAUGACAAUAAUUCUGUAGAUAUGGAUGGAGUCGUAGGUGGAACCUCGGGAAGAGAAAAAGAAGGUGUUGUGUACCACAGUAACAAUGCUGCCAAGGCAGGAUCUACUACUUCUGCUCAGAAGCUUAACAGAGAUCAAGUUGAAACAUCGAGCAACGAAGCAAGUGUCACUGAGAAGCAUGACUGUGAUAUAAGAAGUGAAGGAUGCCAAAAUACACAAGAAGCAAUUCAAAAUACACAAGAGGCAGAAUUCACCAGUGCUGAUCAUGACCACGGUGUUAGAGAUUGUGUUGGUUCUGAUGUUGAUGGUGUUGGCACAACAGCUAUGAUGGAAGGAGAUACUGUAGGCACUGAACGUGUUCUGGAAACUGAAAGUCCGUCAAAUAAUGGUGAACGGAAUUUUGAUUUGAACAAGGAUGGUCCUUUAGAAGGGGACACUAUGAAGAUUGAUGAUGAUAUGGAAACAGAGAAGCUUGAUCAAAUACCUAUGGAAACAGAGAAGAAUGAUCGAAUACCUUGUCGUGAACUUUCACAGCACUCACAAUCAAAUAAUCACAUAGAUACUCAAAAGACUAUUGAGGGUGCAGAAGCUGGAUGCCUCCUAAUCAGAACCGAAGACCUUAUAACUUCUGAAGUUGCCGCUAGCUGGGCUUGCAGUACUGCUCCUUCUUUACAUGAGGAAAAUGAACCUUCAAAAAGCAGAGACAAUAAUGAAGGUUCAGGGACAUUGAAUGAUUCAAAUAUUGUGGUGGCAGAGAGUCCAAACACUCCUUCUGAUGCUGCAGCUGCCAGAAAAAACGAACGGCGAGCACUAAGUGAGAUGAUUGGCAUUGUUGCUCCUGAUUUGAAAGAACAAUUUGAAGAUGCUGCUUGUCGAGGGGGAGAAGACCAUAGUGGUUCAUCUGAUUCAGAUACUGAGAGUUGUAGUGACACUGGUGAUGAAGAUGGUAGAGUGAUCACAAAGCGUGGAUCAAUAAUAUCCGAUGAAGAAACUCAGGGUGUCGACCAUGUCGAGGAGGAUCAAAAGCAGGAUGAUUCUAUGGAUGAGGAUGAGGAAGACACUGAAGAAGAUUGAUUUUGUUGGAUAAUAGCGGGUUCUAAAAAGAUAUUUGGGCAUGUAAGUUGUAGAUACUGAAGGAAUCCCUCUGUAUUUUUACUUAUCAGUCUCUUUGCUUUUCUCACCCUCUGUAAUUAUAUUCAAGGCAGGUUGUUGUAAUUAAUUUUAUUAUUCAAAUGGGUUUUCCCGCCAUUUUUUUCAUCAAAUGCGAAUAAUGAGCGGCUUGCUAUAAUUUGAAUCUAAGUACUGACUGAGAAUCCAGCUGUGUCGGCAAGGGAGAAUUUUGUUGUCCAUGUGAUCCUAUUCGGUUUAAUCUAAAGGAUUAGCCAUUAGGUUGUGUAUAAUGAUUAUCAAUUAUAGUAAAAAGGAGAUAGAGUUUAUUUUGGAAA